AUGGCCUUUCACGUAGCUUGCCCAAUUACAUGCCUUCGAAUAUGCUCCUGCAAGCUAGGGUUUCCGCGGGAUCUGCACGGGGAGGCAUCAAAGUCCGAUUUCCUGCUCGACGUUUCCAGAAUCGAGGAGCUAUGGAGGGAUCCCUCGCGAAUUAGGGCUUCCAACGGGGCUACCGUUCAGGUUUUGGUUCCGAAGAUUGUGCCUGCUCCUCCACCUCCUAUCCCUGCUUCUGCUGCUUCCAUCCCGGUUUCGGUUCCCAUUCUAGCUCCUCAGCCGGUUGUUGUUGGGGAAGUCGAUGGGGAUGCUGAUCUUGGUGGAGAGGAUUCCGCGGCUUUGUCCGCUUCUGCACACACCAAGCGUGUGGCGCUUCAGAAGAAGGCUGCUGCUACUGUGGUUGCUGCUGAGGAUUUCGCUCGAAGAUUCGAGUCUGGUGACGCUGCGGCGGUCUCAAGAGACACCAAUGCAGAUGAGCAAGCACUUACCAACACAACCUCAAAGGUGAUGUGUCGAAUGUGCUUCUCAGGUGAAACAGAUGGUAGCGACAGAGCAAAAAAGAUGCUUUCUUGCAGAAGUUGUGGCAAGAAGUAUCAUAGGGGCUGUUUGAAAGCCUGGGCACAACAUAGAGAUUUAUUUCACUGGAGUUCAUGGUCCUGUCCAUCUUGCCGGACGUGUGAGAUAUGCCGAAGAACUGGAGAUCCAAAUAAGUUUAUGUUCUGCAAAAGGUGUGAUGGUGCUUACCAUUGUUACUGCCAGCAUCCUCCACACAAGAAUGUCAGCUCAGGACCAUAUUUGUGCUCCAAACAUACAAGGUGCCACAGUUGUGCAUCUACCGUCCCUGGAAAUGGUUUAAGUGUGAGGUGGUUUCUUGGGUUCACAUGCUGUGAUGCUUGUGGACGAUUGUUUGUGAAGGGGAAUUACUGCCCAGUUUGUUUAAAGGUUUAUAGAGAUUCAGAAUCAACACCAAUGGUCUGUUGUGAUAUUUGCCAACGUUGGGUGCACUGUCAUUGUGAUGGCAUAAGUGAUGAGAAAUAUAUGAAGUAUCAGGUUGAUGGUAAUCUCCAAUAUGUAUGUGCAACAUGUCGUGGAGAGUGCUAUCAGGUUAAGGAUCUUGAGGAUGCUGUUCAAGAGAUGUGGAGAAGACGGGAUAAAGCUGAUCAUGAUUUGAUUGUCAGCUUGAGGGCUGCUGCAGGAUUGCCAACUCAAGAAGAUAUUUUCUCUAUAUCACCUUCCUCUGAUGACGAAGGUAAUGGACACAUGACUUCAAAGAAUGAGUUUGGGCGUUCUUUGAAGUUUUCUCUCAAAGGUAUCAUGGAUAAGUCACCAAAGAAGACCAAAGAUUAUGGAAAGAAGUAUUUUAAUAAAAAAUCGAGCAACAAGAAGAGCUCUGAUGUGAACUUAAUGAGUAAGACAGAAGCAGAUGUGGAUCAACGUGAGAAACGAUCUCAUGGACACAGUUCUGAGGAGAGAAAGGACUACGUGUCUCAUUCUCAUAAGAAUGCAGGAUUGGUUGGACUUCCGUCUCCUGCUGCUGCUGCUGUAAAUCACUCUAAUCCAACAAACUCUGUUGGGCGGCCAGGGGAUCUAAAACAGAAGUCCGUUGAUGAGGUGAUGGUUAGUGAUGGUGAUAAGGGGACGAGGAUUGUUAAAAUUAAGAGCAACAAGCCUCCUGAUAUUGAUAGUGGAGAUGAUAAAGAUAAGCAUGGCAACAAGAUGAUAUCUGUGAAAACCAAGAAGCUAGUAAUAAAUCUAGGUGCACGAAAGAUAAAUGUUACUAAUUCCCCAAAAUCUGAUGUUUCAAGUUGCCAAAAAGAGCAAGAUUUGCCACAUUCCAAUGGACGUGAAGAUACUGGCAAUCCUAAAAUUGGCGACAAUCUGGUGGACAAAGAUAGUGGGGCUGCUAAACCUGGAAAUGGAGGCAGAUUUGAUCAAUCUGGCCAAGUAAGGCUUCUGAAGUUUGCUCGAAGAGGGAGUAGUUUGAUUAAACUUGGGAAAGUGAAAGAAACAUCUGAAGGGAAUCCAAAACUCGAGCGAGAUAAUAGCACACAUACGAGUGCUUCGUCAGUGGCCAGAAGCAGUGGUACUGCCACAGCUACACUCGGACGUGUAAGCGAAGUUCCAGUAUUAAGAAGUGACAAGGCGCCGCAGGGGAAAGAAUCUGCAACGCCAGAUACAAAUACUGAAACCAAUGAUGAUUGUGGUGGUACAACUGCAUCCCUUUCUUUGGCCAAAGAUUCAAAGUACUCUCUGAAGUUAAAGAUUAAGAAACCUAGCCUGGAGAAUCAAAGCUCUCAAAAUGCUCCACCUGAAGAAAAGACUGCCAUAAGAGGGCAGAGAUCAAAAAGGAAGAGAUCAUCAGCCUUUGCAGAGAAGGCGCCAUUGAAUGAAGAUGAAACUGUUGUACAAGACAGCGAGAUGUUAGAAGCUAGCUGGAUACUGAAAAAAUUGGGGAAAGAUGCAAUUGGGAAGCGAAUUGAAGUCCACCAGCCAUCCGAAAGCUCCUGGAACAAGGGAGCAGUUUCUGACGUAAUUGAAGGAACAUCAAAGUUAUCUGUGACCUUGGAUGAUGGCAGAGUCCUCACUGUUGAGCUCGGAAAGCAGGCUGUUAGAUUUGUUCCACAAAAGCAAAAGAGGUGA